GUAGGAGUAGUACGGUAUUGCGCCGGUCAGCGUCACUCAUGUGAUGAAAACACGGAACACGGAAGAGACUUUCUGCUCUCGGGGUGAAUCUAUAGAGUCAUCAUGCAGAGUACGGCGAACUACCUGUGGAUGAUGUCUGACCUGCUGGGUCAGGGAGCCACAGCUAACGUUUACCGCGGUAGACACAAGAAAACCGGCGACCUCUAUGCGGUCAAAGUGUUCAAUAACCUGAGCUUCCUGCGUCCGCUGGACGUCCAGAUGAGGGAGUUCGAGGUGCUGAAAAAACUCAACCACAAAAACAUCGUGAAGCUCUUCGCCGUUGAGGAGGAGUCGAACACGCGUCAUAAGGUGUUGGUGAUGGAGUAUUGUCCGUGCGGAAGUCUCUACACGGUUCUCGAGGAACCGACGAACGCUUACGGACUCCCGGAGGACGAGUUCCUCAUCGUUCUGCAGGAUGUCGUGGCGGGAAUGAAUCAUCUGAGAGAGUACGGGAUCGUCCAUCGAGACAUCAAGCCCGGGAACAUCAUGCGUGUGAUCGGAGAAGACGGACGAUCCGUCUAUAAACUGACCGACUUCGGAGCCGCCCGUGAGCUGGAGGACGACGAGCAGUUCGUGUCGCUUUACGGCACAGAGGAGUAUCUGCAUCCUGACAUGUACGAGCGAGCCGUGCUGAGGAAAGACCACCAGAAGAAAUACGGAGCCACGGUGGAUCUGUGGAGCAUCGGAGUCACGUUUUAUCAUGCCGCCAUCGGCAGCCUGCCGUUCAGACCGUUUGAAGGGCCGCGCAGGAACAAAGAAGUCAUGUAUAAGAUCAUCACAGAGAAGCCUUCCGGCGCGAUCUCGGGCCAUCAGAAGUCUGAGAACGGGAAGAUCGAGUGGAGCUCAGAGAUGCCGAUCUCCUGCAGCCUCUCGAAGGGUCUUCAGAGUCUCCUCACUCCAGUGCUAGCCAACAUCCUCGAAGCAGACCAGGAGAAAUGCUGGGGCUUCGACCAGUUCUUCGCUGAGACCAGCGAUAUCUUACACCGCAUCGUGGUCUACGUGUUCAGUCUGCAGCAGGCCACGCUUCACCACAUCUACAUACACGCAUACAACACGGCGAAUCUCUUUCAGGAGCUGCUCUUCAGACGGACAAACAUAACGCCAUCCCAUCAGGACUUUCUGUACGAGGGCCGACACCUCGUCUUCGACCCCAUCCAGCAGGCUCAGACCUUCCCCAAGACCUCCAGAGAGAAUCCCAUCAUGCUGCUGAGCCGAGACCCUGUCAACACCGUCGGCCUGCUGUUUGAGGACCGUGAGUCUGACGACGCCCCAGUCAUGCCAUGCUCGCUCAUAACCAGCCCACCUAAAGUACAGCCGCGCUACGAUCUGGAUCUAGACGCCAGCUACGCCAAGACGUUCGCAGGUGAUGUUGGAUAUCUGUGGAAGACGUCCGAUUCUUUGCUUCUGUACCAGGAGCUGGUGAGGAAAGGUGUCCGAGGCCUGAUCGAGCUGAUCAGAGACGAGUACAGUGAGAAGGCGCACAAGAAGACGGAGGUGAUUCACAUGUGUAACUACUGCAGCCAGACGCUGGAGCGAACCGAGCAGCUGUGUGAGGUUCUGAUGCAGGGAAACCUCCUGUCGGCGGAGUGUGAGGAGAUCCGGGACACGAGGAAGAAGGUGAUGCGGCUCUCCGGCUCUCUGGGCUCCAUGGAGCAAACGCUUCAGGACAUCAGCAGCAUGUUCCUGCCGGGAGGAAGUCUGACCGAUACGUGGACGCAGCAAGUGGGAACGCACCCCGAGGACAGGAAUGUGGAGAGGAUCAAGGUUCUGCUGGACGCCAUCAGCAGCAUCUACCAGCAGUUCAAGAAGGACAAGGCCGAGAGACGUUUGCCUUAUAAUGAAGAACAAAUCCACAAGUUUGACAAGCAAAAGCUGGUUCUUCAAGCCACCAAAGCGCGGGCGCUCUUCACAGACGAGUGCGCCAUGAAAUAUCGCCUCUUCAUCUCCAAGAGCGAGGAGUGGAUGAAGAAGUUCCAUCACGUGCGGAAGCACCUCCUGUCUCUGACUGGUCAGUUCAGCAGCAUGGAACAGGAAGUGACCCUGCUCAUGCAGCGCGUGUAUCAACUGCUGGAGCUGUUACCGCAGAAGAUGGUGCCCAUGACGUCUGGAGGAAUCAAACCGCAGGCGUACCUCAGUCCCAACACACUGGUGGAGAUGACGCUGGGGAUGAAGAAGUUGAAGGAGGAGAUGGAAGGAGUCAUGAAGGAGCUGGCGGAGAACAACCUGUUCCUGGAGAGGUUCGGGACGCUGACGGUGGACGGCGGCAUCAGAGCCGUGGAUCGGAUGUGACGAGGUCGUCUCUCUCGGAUCAUCACGGCACAAAUGGACACACUGUUAGUUGUACAUAUGAAUAGAAUGUAAAUAAUACACGUCUUAAACUUUAUGCCAUUAUUUUAAUCUUGCGUUAAUUCUCUAGACUCUAUAAACUAGAGUUGCUCUUAACUCCGAAUAAGUGAUGUGAUUUUUGUUCUCGCCAUGAAAAUAAAGUAUAUUCGUCAUCAUUAUGAUCUGUGCGGUUAGUAAACGCUCCUGCUCGUGUUGCUGAACGGUACUGAAGGACUCUGAAGAUUCACUAAAGCAGAAGUGUUUUCCUUCAGUGUAAACGAAAGCACUAUUUUAUAGACAUGAAUGUUUGUUUCUGUAAAUGAGUAAAAAGAACAGCUGAGUUCUGAUAAAA